CCAGCCACUGCGCUGUCCAGCCCGGAGAAGGUUGACCAUAUCUGUCUUUACUCUUAUUUUAUUAAUCUCAUCUUUUGCCUCGUUUGCCUCCUCAUCACACACAGGUCAGGCAGAUUGAAAUGAAGCUGUGUCUUCUUCUUUUCUUGCUUUGUCUUUGCUGUCUGGGACUGACAGAGGAGCCCAGUCCAGGAACUCCUCAUGACUCUGGUUCUGUCGAUGAAGAUGAGGAGACAGAGGAGGUUCAAAGCUGUGGAGGAAAGCGGGUGUUCAGCCCUGAGGAACGCAGGAGGAUAGGGGGCACCAUAGAGCGACUCGGUUUACAGCUCUUGGAAAAUCUUCCUAUUAGUCCACAACAGCCAAACAUUGUCCUAUCACCUCUCAGCCUGGCCUAUGCCCUUGCACACCUUACCUUAGGUGCUCAUAACGAGACGGAGAAGCUGCUGCUGAAGACCCUUCAUGCCCAUAGUCUGCCGUGUUACCAUCACAUACUGGGAGGACUUCUACCUCAUUUCAGAAACACAUCGUUGGACAUGGCAACUCGCAUGUACCUGAGACCAGGAUUUCAAGUGAAGUUGUCUUUUGUUGAGGAAUCAUUGGCCAGGUACCAAUCCCUGCCUGUCCCUCUGGUCUCUGUGGAGGAGGUCAACCAAUGGGUGGAGAAUGCCACCAACGGUCACAUCCCCAACUUUCUAGAAAGUAUUCCACAUGACGUGGUGCUCAUGCUCAUGAACGCUGUGUACUUCAAAGGUGAAUGGCAGACACGAUUUGACCCCCAAGGGACCACCAAGGGAGCAUUCUACCUGGACAACCAGAACUCAGUGAUGGUGGACAUGAUGAAGUCUGCCCAGUAUCCUCUCCGCCUUCUGCAUGAUCCAGAACUCGAUGCACAGGUUGCCAGUUUUGCCUUCAAAGGAAACAGCAGUUUCUUAGUUGUCAUGCCUGUGCCUGGGCGAGGAAACGUGUCAUCUGUGCUUGCAAAACUGAACAUCUCCGACCUUUACAGACGUCUACCUCAGGAGAAAACAAUGCAGGUCAACUUACCCAAGGUGAAGCUACAGUACCGCCAGGAGCUCGACGAAGCGCUGACCAACAUGGGCCUUGGCUCUCUCUUUUCAGGUCCUGAUCUUACUGGGAUUUCCGACCGUCCUCUAAAGGUUACCGGAGUCCGCCACGCUAGCACCGUAGAACUCAGUGAAGAAGGCGUGGAAGCGUCCGCCACCACUGUUAUAACCUCCAUGCGCUCCAUCUCUCUCUUCUCUGUGAAUUCUCCCUUUAUAUUCGCCCUCGUCGAUGACGCCUCUCUGGCUCCCCUCUUCAUGGGCAUCGUCACAAACCCGGCCCCCGACAACGACAGCAUGCUUAAUGAUGCUCCCCAUGGAAACAGCACCAUGAGUGACCAGCCUGUGAUGGAGAAUAGCUACGAGAGCAGCAGGUCGUGCAGCGAGGCAGGAGCAGAGGGCAGCAGCGUGCAGACAUGUAGCGCCCCCACUGGUGAGAGGGAGCAUCUGCAGAAUGUAAAUGGACUGGAGGGCAGCGGCGGGAAGCAGUAACAGAGAGAAGACACCAGCUCCAGACGACUCUGAACCUGCUUUUAGAUCGUACUUUUCAAAAGAAUAGUUUGACAUGUUUGAAGAUACCAAACAUUGAUUUUGGAAAAACCAUGUUGGCUUUGUUGCCAAGAGUUAGAUGAGAACAUGGAUACCACUUUCAUGUCUGUCAGGAAAAUAUGAAGCUACAUUUAUUCAAACUUUUGAUGUGUUUUAUGUGUCAAAAAUUUUAAAAUACAGAGCUCAGUGACCUUAAAAUCCAUUUAUCCUGCCCUGGCAGUGCAUUAAAAGACAGUUUUUACAGGAGACUGCUUCAUACAAAAAAAUAAAUCAUAUCUUUCCCAACAAACUGUGCAUUAUGGUGUUAAAAGUUGCUGACAAAAAGUGUAUUUGUGAUGUGGGAAAGAGUUUUUUUUUCUUUUCUUUUUUCUUUUUAUUUUGGAUUAGUUUGAAAGAAGUGGAUUUACUUGAGGAAAAAGAAAAUCCAACAUUUCCCCAAAACAUGAGCUCUUUUCCAAAAUUAAAUAAAGCAGUGAAACAAUACAA